CGACCGACGGGGGCUCCAACUCUCGAUGCUCAGGUGCUGAAGGAGGCUAAGCAAGACACUGGUCCUUUCUAUCCGAUGGCCGCGCGGCUGGCCAGAGACGAGGAUGGGCAUGAGAUUAAUUGUGACGCUCAGGGAGUGCUUUUCGUGGAGGCUGAAACGAACUCCGUUAUCGACGAUUUUGGUGACUUCGCUCCGACUUUGGAGCUCCGGCAGCUUAUUCCCGCCGUCGAUUACUCUGGCGGAAUCGAUUCCUUUCCUCUCUUGGUUUUGCAGGUCACAUAUUUCAAAUGCGGCGGAGCAUCACUGGGUGUAGGCAUGCAACACCAUGUAGCAGAUGGGUUUUCAGGUCUCCAUUUUGUGAACACAUGGUCCGACAUGGCUCGUGGUCUUGACCUCACUAUCCCACCCUUCAUUGACCGGACUCUCCUCCGAGCUAGAGACCCUCCUCAACCCACAUUUCAGCACGUCGAAUACCAACCUCCUCCCGCCAUGAACACCCCUCUCGACUCACCUUCUGACACCACAACUGUUUCCAUUUUCAAGUUAACCCGCGACCAGCUCAAUACUCUCAAAGCCAAAACCAAGGAAGACGGCAACACCAUAAACUACAGCUCGUACGAGAUGUUAUCAGGCCAUGUGUGGAGAUCUGUAUGCAAGGCAAGAGGACUCGCAGCCGAUCAACAUACCAAACUGUAUAUUGCUACUGAUGGUCGAGCUAGAUUGCGUCCCCCACUUCCACCAGGUUACUUCGGCAAUGUCAUCUUCACCACCACGCCAAUUGCUGCAGCGGGUGAUCUUGAAUCAAAGCCAACAUGGUAUAGUGCAGGCGUGAUACAUGAUGCACUGGUACGUAUGGAUAAUGAUUAUUUAAGGUCAGCCCUGGAUUACUUGGAGAUUCAACCAGAUAUUUCAGCUCUGGUUCGUGGAGCCCACACUUUUAAGUGUCCAAAUCUUGGGAUUACUAGCUGGGUUAGACUGCCUAUCCAUGAUGCAGAUUUUGGGUGGGGGAGACCCAUAUUUAUGGGGCCAGGUGGUAUUCCAUAUGAAGGUUUAUCCUUUGUGUUGCCAAGCCCAACUAAUGAUGGUAGCUUGUCUGUGGCCAUUGCUCUUCAGACCCAGCAUAUGAAGCAGUUUGAGAAGUACUUGUAUGAGAUCUAAGCAAAUCAUCACCGUCUACAGAACCCAUUCAACCUAAAUGGGCCUGGUAAAGUUUCAAUAUAACUUAAAGUCCUUCAAUA